CACCUAAAAUUUAGUCCCAUCCUUUUUCAUGAUCCAGUAGACUUCUAUAAGGCAAGUAAGUAAACUGGGCCAUGCCAAACCUUAAGCGGUUAAGCUCAAUCCAAAUCAACGGAUCCAAAGUCCAAAAAUCAAAAUCAAAAUUUUUAGACACUUCCAGAAGCCGUUGGAAGUUGGCAGCAAACUAGUGGAUGAUGAUCAAAUACAAAAAGAAAAGGAAAAAACUCUACCCAUUUCAGACAACAAAGCUUCCAGAGCUAAAAGAAAGAAGCGCUGAAAAGAGAGAGUGAAAUCGAUGUCAGGUGAUGGCAAACCAAGAACAAUCAAGCUUUUCUGUCCAUCAGUGUCGAAGCUAGUUCGAUUCGUGGCAUGGGAUGGCCAAAAACUGGACCUUGGAUCGAUAGCUCGAGCAUUCGGGCUAGACCCAUCAACGGUUAAGCUUAAUGGGCAUUUUAUAAGCAGAGGGGUGGAUCUUGUCUCUUCUUCUGUUACGUGGAGGUCGCUGCUUUCUUUCUUCUCUUCUAAAGGCUUGUCCACUGGGACUGACGAAAAGGGCGCUCUCAUUGUUGAUGGCAAGCUUUGCAAAGUUGGGACUAAGAGAGCACAUGAACCUCAAGAUGCUGUGAAUGGGAAUCAACAUGCAGCUGGAAAGCCCGGAGUAAAGGAUGUUGGAAUUACUGCAAAGCUACAGCGUGAAGAAAUCUACUCGCUCAAGAAUAAAAAGAUGAAGGAUAGCAGCUCAGGAUCCGGUGAUGGAGGUCGUCCAUAUUCCGAACUGAAUAUUAGCCUUGGCUUCAGGAGAAAGAGUUUGAUGGACGAUGUCAGCUUACUCAAGAAAUUAAAGAUUAAUGAGACUAAAUCAAAUUUUCAAGGAAGAGGGAACAGUGAUUCCAGCACCGUUUCGAGCACAUCAUCUAAAUGCAGUUAUUUGAGUUGCAAUAUGAAGAGGAUGAGGGAAGAUGAAGUGACUGUUGCUGCAUCUUGCAAGAGGAUCAGCUCUGGUUCUCAUUCCAGUUGAACGUGUAUUUUCCUUCCCAAGCCAACCACCAAAUGCCAACUUUCUUGUAUGUUUUAAAGAUAUAAAUUCAUGUUUUUUUCUUUUUUUUUGGUGGUGGAAACAGAGUUGUAAUAAGCUUAGAUUGUAAUUACAUACAAACUUGAGUCAUGGGAUUGUGGAAGAACAUCUUUUUGCUUUUUCACUAAUCAGGAGG